AUGGCAAUGAUUGACGUCUCGCGGCAGAGGAGGUCGCUCCUUGCGGACGCGGCUGUACUGGAACAUCUGCCCUCAGAAUUACUGGCCCUCAUCCAGGACCAGACCUCGACAAAGCUGCUCGACGCCGUGGCAGAGGCUGCUCUCUGCCCGCCACUUACAGAGCGCGUCUUUGCGCACUUUGAGCAUGUCUUUGCAGACAUUUGCUCACGAUGGAUUCUCAACCCUGGAAACGAGCGACAGCGGAUACGAAUCUAUUCAGCCCUGGCACGCAUUUUGCCUUUUGCCCCUUAUCUCUCAACCUUUUUCGAACACUCGUCGUCUGAAAAGCCGACUAAUUCACCCUCGCUUCGCCUCCCGCCCCUGAGGCUCAACCAAGAUGCCAUGCCCCAGGAUGAAGAAUCUUUACUACAGAGCCUCCUGGUGGCAUGGAGACUCAUCAGCUUCGACCCUCGAAACUUUGGACCCCUGACCUCUCCCGCUCUCAUGCAGACCUUGUUCAAGCAUGAUAGCAUAGCCGUUCGGUACCUUGCUACAAGGAUUUUCAUCCAGCUCCUCCAUGGAUCCGACUGGAAGCUCGAGUCUCUCAUCCAGGAGCACAUUGGCAAGAACGAGGCUAUUCUCGCAGACUUUGAUGGUAGAUCGAUUGACUAUGGGUUCCUAUCGUUGUACGAACAGUCUCGAGUAAAGUCCGUCAUUACUCUGCGCCAAGAAAUACAAGCCGCGCACGAGGCCGACGGCAAUGACACCCCGUGCUUGCAAGCUCUCACUCCUUACGUUGUCUCCUACGGCAAUGUCAUCUUGCCCCGACCCCUGGGCCCGGCUGGGGAGUCAUCGAAUCUCGUCCUUACCCCCACGACUGUCUCUAAUUUGGAGCGAUUAGCCAGCAUGCUUCGCGAGUCUGACCCAGUGCUGCUAUAUGGUCUUCCUGGUGUCGGAAAGACUGCCCUGGUUCACGAGCUGGCCAAGCAGCUUGGCAUGUACUCCAACAUGGUGACAUUACAUCUCAACGAACAGACCGAUGCGAAGAUGCUCAUCGGCCUAUACUCGACAGACUCAAAACCUGGAAGCUUCCAAUGGCGCCCUGGUGUACUUACGACAGCCGUCCGGGAAGGACGAUGGGUGCUGGUGGAAGAUCUCGACCGAGCUCCUACCGAAGUUCUGAGCACACUGCUUCCCCUGAUCGAGCGAAAAGAACUACUUAUCCCCAGCCGAGGAGAGAGGAUACAAGCAGCCAGCAGUUUCCGACUUUUUGCAACCGUGCGAACAUCGCGAGGCAUGAAUGGACGGGAAAACCUGCCGAGCCUCGUUGGAAUCCGCUUCUGGCAGACCCUGGGGACUCAGCCUCUUGCAGCAUCUGAGCUCGAGGAUGUGGUUGUUCAAACACAUCCUAUUCUCCGAAAGUUUAUCCCCGGAAUCCUGGCAGUCUAUGGUCGGCUUUCUCGACUCAGCAGCACCCCUGGAGCGCUAUCCCGAGGCCGUAACGUCAUGGAUCGCCAGAUGACACUACGAGAUCUGCUCAAGUGGUGCCGCAGACUUCGGGAAUGUCUGGUUGCUGCCGGUUCAAAAACCGGAGACGAACCCAUCAGCGAGACGACCCGAGACUGGAUGUUCAUGGAGGCUGUGGACUGCUUUGUCGGAAGUUGCCCAGAUCAAGAUUUAGGCAAGCAGCUCAUCUUUGCGAUUGCUGAGGAGAUGCACCUCUCCAAAGAACGGGCAGAACACUACAUCACUGCCAAUAUACCCCCUUUGGAAGAGAGCGACAACCAGUUCAGCAUUGGUCGAGCAGUGCUGCGGAAGAAGAAGCACUCUAACCGUGUCCAAAAGUCAAAACGACCAUUUGCUAGCACAGCACACGCUAAGAAGUUACUGGAGCAAAUCGCUGUGGCCGUCAAGUUGAACGAGCCAGUCCUUCUCGUGGGAGAAACUGGUAUCGGAAAGACCACAGUCGUGCAGCAGUUGGCUGAGUCUCUUGGACAUAAGCUGAUCGCUGUCAACCUUUCCCAGCAGAGCGAGGUCGGCGAUCUCCUGGGCGGUUUCAAGCCUGUCAACACACGGACAUUGGCUAUGCCGUUGAAGGAAGAGUUCGAGGAUCUUUUUUCCGCAACUGGCAUAUCUGCAUCCAAGAACCAAAAGUAUCUCGAGCAGGUCGGCAAGUGCUUCGCCAAGGGACAAUGGUCAAGGGUGUCAAAACUAUGGAAGGAAGCGCCAAAGAUGUUCAACAAGAUCGUUAGCGAACUGGAGCGGGUGCACGCUCAGCAAGCAGAGACACGAAAUGGUGAUGAGCAGCCUACAAAACGUCGAAAGACGCAGUCAAAGCUGCAAACACUUCGUGAUCUUCAGCCGCGAUGGGACACCUUUGCUCGCAACCUCGAGCAGUUUGACGUCCAGAUCUCAGGGGGCUCUGGCAGUUUCGCCUUCUCUUUCAUGGAGGGUAACUUGGUCAAGGCUGUUCGCAAUGGUGACUGGGUUCUUCUUGAUGAGAUUAACCUAGCGUCGCCGGAUACUCUUGAGAGCAUUGCGGACCUGUUGACUGGACCUGACGAGAGACCUUCCAUCCUGCUCUCAGAGACUGGUGAGAUCGAGAAGAUCGAAGCACACCCCAACUUCCGAAUCUUUGGCGCGAUGAACCCGGCAACCGAUAUUGGAAAACGCGAUCUUCCAGUUGGCAUCCGAUCAAGAUUUACUGAAGUUUAUGUUUCGAGUCCAGACAAGGACUUGAAAGACCUCCUUACUAUUAUCAAGACCUAUCUCGGCGGCAGCAGCAGUAAAAACGACCAGGCAGCCGAUGAUAUUGCGCGACUCUAUCUCAACACGAAGCGCUUGGCUGAGGAGAAGAGACUCGUUGAUGGAGCGAAUGAAGUGCCCCAUUUCAGUCUUCGAACCCUCACUCGGGUCUUGAGUUACGUGAACACCAUCGCACCCUACUACGGUGUGCGCAGGGCCCUUUACGAAGGUUUCUCCAUGGGAUUCCUGACGCUCCUGGAUCGAGAUUCCGAGAAGAUGCUUGUGCCUCUAAUCUCCCAUCACCUCUUUGAACGACACGGAAAUUCGCAAUCACUACUCUCUCAAGCGCCGAAGCACCCUAAUGACGGCAAGCAAUAUGUUCGGUUCAAGAACAAGAGCCGAGACCGACAGUACUGGCUAUUCCAGGGCAACGAGACUCCCAUUGAACGGGAUGACUACAUUAUCACCCCUUAUGUGGAACGCAACCUUCUUAACCUUGUCCGGGCCACUUCCACAAGGCGGUUCCCCAUUCUCAUUCAAGGCCCUACGUCAGCCGGAAAGACAAGUAUGAUUGAGUAUCUCGCAAACUUCACUGGCAACAAGUUCGUGCGUAUCAACAACCACGAGCACACCGAUCUUCAGGAGUAUUUGGGUACCUACAUCUCUGGAGCUGAUGGAAAGCUGCGGUUCCAGGAGGGCAUCCUCGUACAAGCCAUGCGCCAAGGCCACUGGAUCGUGCUCGACGAACUGAACCUGGCACCAACUGAUGUUCUGGAAGCUCUGAACCGCCUGCUUGACGACAACCGAGAACUCCUGAUCCCCGAGACUCAAGAAGUCGUUAGACCUCACGAAAACUUCAUCCUUUUUGCAACUCAGAACCCUCCUGGUCUCUAUGGUGGUCGAAAGGUUCUGUCAAGAGCAUUCCGAAACAGAUUCUUGGAGCUUCACUUCGACGACAUUCCUGAAGAAGAGCUGGAGUUUAUUCUCCAACAGCGAAGCCGCAACACUUCGCCACCGGAUUGUCGAAGAAUUGUGACCGUCUACAAGGAGCUGUCCCGGCUUCGACAAACGAGCCGACUAUUCGAGCAGAAGGACAGCUUUGCCACUCUCCGAGACUUGUUCCGCUGGGCAUUACGGGAUGCCGAUACCCGUGAAGAAAUCGCUGCUCAUGGAUUCAUGCUGCUGGCGGAAAGGGUCCGCAACCAGGAGGAGCGCAUCGCAGUCAAGGAAGUUAUCGAGAAGGUCUUCAAAGUUAAGAUUGAUCCUCAAGACCUGUACUCCGCUACCACCGCCCCAGAGCUCAAGGGAAUUAGCCGAAAGGAUAACAGCCAAGGCGUGGUGUGGACUCAUGCGAUGCGGCGACUCUAUGUGCUCGUUGCUCGAGCAUUGCGCAACAACGAACCCGUCCUGUUGGUUGGUGAAACUGGCUGUGGAAAGACAACAGUGGUCCAGCUCCUGGCUGAGGCACUAAAGAAGGAACUUCACAUCGUCAACGCCCACCAAAAUACUGAGACAGGCGAUUUGAUCGGUUCCCAGAGACCAGUUCGCAACCGCGGCGCCAUCGUUGACGCUCUGGAUGUUGAUUUGAAGAUGGUUCUGCAGACUCUUGGUCUAGAUGUGUCGGGCUCGGUUGAGGAACGUCUCGAGCGAUACAACACCCUGGAUUCGUCGAUCAGCGACAAGGUUCCGUCCGACAUCAGAGAGCGGAUAAGCAGCAACGAGACACGAAGCAAGGCCUUGUUCGAGUGGGCAGAUGGCAGUCUUGUAGAAUCCAUGAGGGAAGGCCACUUUUUCCUCCUCGAUGAAAUCUCCCUUGCCGAUGAUUCAGUCCUGGAGCGUCUCAACUCUGUGCUCGAACCAUCAAGAACUCUUUUGCUCGCAGAGAAGGGCAUCGACAACUCUUUCGUCGUUGGAGCUGAUGGCUUCCAGUUUUUCGCCACCAUGAAUCCUGGCGGUGACUUCGGAAAGAAGGAGCUGUCACCUGCGCUGCGAAAUCGAUUCACAGAGAUCUGGGUUCCUGCUUUGUCGCAGAGUGAAGAUAUCUACGAGAUUGUUAAGACGAAGCUCGUGGGUGAUUCAAAGCAACUGGUCGAGGUCAUCGUCAAGUUUGCCGCCUGGUUUGGAGACACAUUUAGAUCAAUGGCUACCGCCCCAUUCUCUGUCAGAGAGAUCCUUGUUUGGGUUCAGUUCAUCAACAACUUCCAGUCUGAUGAACCCAUUAUCUCUCUGGUACAUGGUGCCUCAACUAUCUUCAUCGACAGCAUUGGCGCCAACCCUUCUGCUCUGCUGGCCACCGACCCCAAGUCGAUCAACCAACAGCGGCAAAGCUGUCUCGACAAGCUGAGUGAACUCAUUGGAAAGGAUGUGUCAUUCGUCUAUGAGACACACCCAGAGUUGUCGAUGAACGAACAGUCUUUGACAAUCGGACAUUUCAGCAUCCCUCGUUCCUCUCUGGGCGUCGCCGACCCUGGUUUCGCUUUCCACGCACCUACUACUCGUCUGAACGCGAUGCGAGUUCUUCGAGCACUUCAGAUGCAAAAGCCAAUUCUUCUCGAAGGAAGCCCUGGUGUCGGAAAGACAACACUUGUUGCUGCUCUGUCGCAAGCAUGUGGCCAGCCCCUCACGAGAAUCAACCUUUCUGACCAGACUGAUCUGAUGGACCUGUUUGGUACUGAUGUGCCCGUUGAAGGUGCCGAGGCUGGUAACUUUGCCUGGAGAGACGCGCCAUUCCUCCAAGCUAUGCAAAAGGGCGAGUGGGUACUUCUGGAUGAGAUGAACCUUGCCUCACAGUCAGUUCUGGAAGGAUUGAACGCUUGUCUUGAUCACCGAGGUGAAGUUUACAUCUCGGAACUGGACCAAGUUUUCAAGCGUCAUCCAGACUUCCGCUUGUUCGCAGCCCAGAACCCUCACCACCAAGGUGGUGGCCGAAAGGGUCUGCCCAGCUCUUUUGUGAACCGUUUCAUCGUCGUGUACGCUGAUGUCUUCUCGGACGAUGAUCUGAACCUGAUUGCCGCGCACAACUAUCCCGAUAUCUCGGCUCCAGUGAUCAGCCAGUUGAUCCAGUUUGUGUCUCAGCUUGAGCACAAGCUUGCCGUCGAGAAGGCCUUUGGUUCACAGGGCAGUCCGUGGGAAUUCAAUUUGCGUGACGUUCUCCGCUGGUUGAAGCUCCUCAAUUCAUCCGACCCUCUCCUUCACAAUGCUCAAGCUGAAGACUUCCUUGACAUUAUUGUCAGACAACGUUUCCGAUCUGAGAGGGAUCGCGAAGAAGUAAACAAGCUCUUCACACUCAUCUCUGGUGCUUCGCCGCGACAACACAGCCUAUACCACGACAUCAACCCGAUGUUUGGCCAGGUGGGCCUUGCUCUUCUCGACAGGCAUCCUAAUUCGCAGCCUGAGCGACUGCCCAACAUCAACAUCGUUCCUCGUCUCUCAGAGCUAGAGUCUCUCAUGAUUUGCGUCAAGCAGAACAUUCCCUGCAUUCUGAGCAGUCCCUCUGGCUAUGGAAAGUCUGUGCUCCUGGAACAUGUUGCUGCCUUGGCUGGCAAGUCUCUGGUUGUGUUCCCCAUGAAUGCCGACAUUGACACCAUGGAUCUUGUUGGUGGCUUCGAGCAGGCCGAUCCUCUGCGAGAGGUCAAUGCCGCGCUUCGAGUCGUCCAGCAGGAUCUGCAAAACUCCAUCAUGUCAGCCGUGCCUGGAGAAGUCCCCGAAGAUGCUCUCCAUCUCCUUCACUUGCUUGAUGGGUUCGCCGGCGAAGUGGACUCUCUGCCUACCAUUCAGCGCUGCAUUGAAUCCCUUCUCGCUGGUAUUCCCUCGGACUCUGAAGUAGCAACAGCACUCUCCAAGACGCUUCUUCUCCUUCAGGGCCCCUUGGUGCUUGAGAACCCUCGCUUCGAAUGGCUGGACGGAGUCAUUGUCAAGGCUCUGCAGAUGGGCCAGUGGCUUGUUCUCGACAAUGCGAACAUGUGCAACGCCUCUGUUCUGGACCGACUGAACUCCCUUCUUGAGCCUAACGGUUUCUUGAGCAUCAACGAACACUGUGGUCCUGGUGGAGAGCCCAGGGUCGUCAAGCCUCAUCCUGACUUCCGUAUCUUCUUGACAAUGGACCCACGAUACGGCGAGCUGUCGCGUGCAAUGAGGAACCGUGCUGUGGAGAUUCACAUUCAUACUCCGCCGCCUGAGCGUGCUCCCUGUUACAGCAGGGUAAUAGGAGUUGAGAGCAGUCUCCAGCGAUACGGUAUGUCUCAACAGAUUGCCGGCUCAAUGCCCGAAGACACCACAGUUGUCAACUCUGCUCUGGAGGCCCUUUCGAUCAACGAUGUGGCUCUGCUUCCCCGCUUCGCCAAUGCUCUACCAAGCGGCGAUUCUGACAAGACUACAAUGACCAAGAGCGUGGGAGAAUUGUUGGACUUCCUCCACUCAACGAACGGGGCUGAUGGUGUUAAUGCCAUCUCCCAAUUGUACAAUUCCCUCCCUGUCCCUGCCGGACUCACUUCCGCCCAGCCACUGCACCCUCUCAACAACUUUCCGGUUACUCAGCUUCUCCCUGUCCAGAACCAAGCAAGAUGGCUCGGUGCAGGCCUGGAGUUUUAUCAAGAUCUGUACACCCUGCAAAACUCGAUUGAGGACCAGCGUCGCCAGGCUCAAGUGAACAAGUUGACCUCUCUCAACCGACUGCAGCGGUCUCUUGUAAGUGAUCGCGUGGCGGCUGUGUCUAAGGAUUCCACUGUCAAGCUUGCUUCAUUCUUGACAUCCACGAUCAACGCGGCAAAGACAUGGCUUGGCUUUGGAUUCGAAUCGGCCGCCUUGUGGGCGGAACGAGUGCAGAUCCUCAGAGGUGUCUUGCGCUACCUUGAGCGAACCGUCAAGCUUGCUACAGAGACCGACUUUGAUGAGGCUAAGUUCCAGGCACAUCUUGCUCAGGGCGCGAACUUCCUACAGAAGCACCUUGACGCCUUGGAUGGUACCCAAGAGCGAGACUUUGUUGUUCACCUUCUCGACCGCCUGGGUAAGGACUUUACUGCCGGCUUCAAGCUGUCCACUGGUUUGAGCAUGGAGUUGCUCUGGCAUGUUUUCCGACCAACUCCUCUGCCCACAAAGGAAAUUCUGGACCGAACACUGGAGCUGGAGAAGCUCGGUACCAGGUUUGAUGCUCUGCGAUGGAAGGCUGGCGCAUCAAUUCCUGACCUAUCCAAGGCAAUGGUCACUCUCGAGAAGGCCUCUGGAAUUCUCAGAGGUGAAGUUCCCAACGCCGAUGGGCUUCUACAAGAUCUCACCGCCGAAAUCCAGUCUCUUGAAGCCCGAAUUGGAUCCGAUGAGGUCGAGUUGAAGCCCUUCCUAGCUGAGGAGUUUGAAACUCUCCGACAGGUGUCGAUGCUUCAGUCUUUGGCCUCAGGCACUGAGCCUAUGCCUUUUACCCAGGAACUCCAAGUGUUGUCCGAUGUGCCGACAAGAUCUGGCAUGCUGUUUGCCACCUCUGAUCUUCAGGCAGCACUUCUGCAGUCUGUGGAGAACCUGGUAUACCAGAACCAGUUCUCUUGGGAUGGCAAGUUUGCGACUUCAUUCUGGUUCAAGAUGCAGAGUCUGGGAUCCGUCAGCCUUGGAUCCCUGGCCUUGCUGGAGGCCGAACUUCCAAUCGCUGGACGACAACUUGCGAAACUGAGUGCUGAUCUGAUGGUUAACCCCCUGUCAAGACUGAACGGCGUUCUCCUCAAGCUUGUUCUUGAGGUCUUUGGCGCCCAUGGCCAGCACCUCAAGGACGCUGUCAUUCAAGCUGUUGAGUUGGCUUCUCAAGGUUCAGACAAUCGAUCAACUGACUUUGACCAUUUCAAUGGCCUUGUCUCGAGCAUUGAGCCGGAACAUUUCAAGCAGAUUGUCACCGAGCACUUUGUGCCUGUUCUGAAGGCUCUGGCCGCCUCACAGCAAGAUGCUCAACGAGAAGCCUACCUCUCGGCAUUUGCAUGGGUUCACUUUAGCAUUGGAACCGUCAAGCUGUAUGUCCCAGACCGCGUGUUUGACCCCCAAAGCCGCCCAAAGAUGGAGCGCGAGUUCCUCCAGGAACUACAUGCCCUUCUCCAAGACCGUACAGAUACACAGCGGUCGUUUGAGAAGCUGUUUACUGGGCAAGGCACAAAUGAGCGCAUUCGCUUGCUGGAGCAAGAAGCAGCUGCCUUGGGUCCACUGCCCGAGGAGGUUCGGCCUAUUUACAGACCUGAAAAAUCUGAGCUCAGCGGGCUCCAUGCUGAGUUCUCCAAUGUUUUGAAGGCCAUCACUGGUCCUGCGUUGUCUUCUGCUCUGCAGGUUCUGGAUACAAAUCCUCUUCAAGCAGCCGAGGAGUUGCACAUUGUUAGAGAAAACGUUCUCAGACUUCUGGACCGACUCUCAGCUCGCUUCGAAGCGUAUCAGGAUAUGACUCGACCUACGUCGAACUUGCUGCGAUGUCUCAUGGUUGGCCUUUCACUCUGUGAGGCUGCUUCGGCUCGCCAACUGGCACCAGCUUCCCAACAACUCUUGGAGCUCGCGCCAUUCUUCGGCGGAAGUAUGUGGAACCAAACUAGCGGCGACUUCUCAUCGAGGAGUUUCGAGUUUCUCACCUACAUGGGCACGGUCGUCAGUGUCGAGGACAUCAAAAACGUCCAGCCUCAUGCUCGCGAGCUGGUCUUCCAAAGCUUCCACAACUUCUACGAUGAGUGGAACAAGCGACUCGAAGCUGACCGCAAAGAAGAGGCAGCCAAGGGCAGCCUCUACCGCUUCCGAGGCGCCCUGGAAGAUGAGGAAGAGCUCGACGCCGAGGAGUUCAAUGAGCUGUUCCCUAGCUUUGAUAAUGAGGAUGCUCCCAAUGGUCCUCCUGCCAAGAAGCGAGAUGAGGUUCGCGAUCAGUCGUUGCGGGUUGCAAGACUCCACAGAAAUAUUUUCCUUGAUCGACAGGAAUUCUCGGCAGCUCUCAAGGAGGUUUGCCAAUCUGUGGGUAACAGGAUCACAUCUGAAACCAUCGACCACAAAAAUAUCGACCGUAGCCUGACAAGCAAGAUGCUGGCUGGCACUAUGCUCAUCUUGAACGACAAACUUGAUUCUCUGGCUUCAUCCACGGUGGACAAGUCUUACAACUUCUACACGGAUGCAAACGUUCCCGAGGCCCGCCAGCUCGUUAGUCUCAUCCACAAGAUCAAGGGCAGGUUCCGCGAGCUCCAGUUGGUCGAUGAGAUUGGACACAUGCAACCGUUGGCCGAUGUGAUCCAGGCCUGUGACAAGGUUCUCGAGCUUGUUCAUACUGAGCCCCUCGCCAAGAUCCUGCCCAAGGUGGAAUACCUCCAUGGUCAUGUUUAUGAGUGGCAGUUUGGAGGCUGGGCAAGCAAGGUGCAUGGCGUCCUUACUCUGCACAACCUCCUGACUGAGACGGUUAUCCGCUGGCGAAGGCUUGAACUAUCCACCUGGGCCAACCUCUUUGAUAUGGAGGAGAAGAAAUGCCAGGAUGAUGCCUUUUCCUGGUGGUUUGUGGCCUACCAGGUUGUUAUUGCUGUUCCUCUCUCCCUGGUUGAUGUACCGGAUGAGAUGCGUGAAUACGCCGGUUCUCUCAUUCAGAGCUUGGAGAUGUACUUCUCGACGGCAAUCGUUGGCCAAUAUGGAGCUCGUCUAGCCCUUCUCAGACAGCUCCAGAGCCACCUGAAGCUUCUCAUCAAGGAUUACCCGAUGCUUGAGGUCAUCCUUCACUCGCUGUCCAACUUUAUCCAGUACUACUCACGAUACGAGAAGGUAAUGGGUGAAACAAUCCAGAGGGGACGCCUUCCCAUUGAGAAGAAGAUGAAGGACGUCCUGCUCAUGGCGAGCUGGAAGGAUACAAACAUCAAUGCUCUCCGAGAAAGCGCUCGCAAGUCUCACCAGAAACUCUUUAGACUUGUGAGGAAGUUCCGUGGCGUCUUGGGUCAGGAGGCAAAGCACAUCAUCGAGCAAGGUCUUCCUGACGAAGAUGUGCUUCGCGCAGACCGACCUGAGGGAAGUUCGGAGCCUGCUGCUGUACCCCCGCAAGCAUUCUCCCAUCUUAGCAACACGAUGCCGGGGUGGAUCACUGGCCACAAGCGGUUAGCCAAUGUUUCCAAGACGGUCUCUGUGAUGCGGAAGAUCUCCCGUACCCCAGAGAUGAUCAGCGGAGUGCCCCAGAUCGUGGACGAGUUCAUCUCCAGCCUCAAUGAGUCCAUGGCCGAGCUUCGCAAGGAAACACCACCGUUCUUGACUGACGAGAACAAGGAUCAGGUCAAGCAUCUCAAGACAAGAAAGCGAAAGUUGUUUGCGGACACGUUGCGAGACCUUCGUCAGAUGGGCCUGAAGUACAACCUAGGACAGGACAAGCUGGCCCAGCAGGAUUCGCUAUCUCUUGUCCUCUCGAGAAUCCAGCCCGUGCAGCUUUGGGACAACAAGACUGAGGAAGCAAUCGAUUACCACCUGCACAAGAUUCUGGAUCUCGCCCCGAAAGCCAGGGCUGCCGCCAGAGACCAUUCGGAGGACCUUACAGGCGCCGAGGUUGGACGAAGUAUUGGUUUUGUUGAAGGCAUGCUUGACUUCCUUCUAAGCCAGAGGAACUUCAUUUCGGCCGGGGCAUCUUCUUUGUUGUCGCUCAAGAAAUCGAUGGAUCAAUUCAAUAACCUGGGUCGUGUCCAAGACAACAACACUUUGACCAAGAAAACCACGAAGUCUAACUGGACUCAGCUCCUCCCUUGGUUGGUUCACAUCCUCCAGUUCUCUAUUCGCUUGAUCGAAAUCCACGAGAAGCUGGGACAAUCGAAGCAUGUCCGAGUUCUUGAGCAGUUGAAGUCGUGGUAUGGACGAUUCGAGUCACUCCAGACCUCCACCUUGAGCUUCGGCCAACUUCCAGACCGUCUUUCCUCCGAGGCAGCCGUACAGGCUGAGACAAGCUUCUCCAAUGAACUCGCCAGUUUCCGGGGCGUCAUUGAGGAGCUGAUCUCGGAGGAACCCAAGCUCUCUUUUGUAUUCAAGCAACUCAACGGCUGGACUAGGGCUACCGAGGAGAAUGUCAGCUUCGCAGCCAACGAUGUGGAGGUUGCGACCUUUGCCAAUGCUAUUUCGACACUUUGCGACAAGAUACUAGUCGCUAUCGAGACUGCACAGAAGGCUGCCCGAUCUAUCCCCAGAAAGGAGGAUGAACCCGCCUGGCUCACGGCCCACUGCGAUGGGUUUACGAAUCUCUUCAAGAAGCUGCGCAUUGGAGAAGUCGAGAGAAGCGUUUCCAGCUGUAUCGAGAUGAUGCAACAGAUCGACAUGAGCCAAAAGCACUUGAGCCAAGCAGCCAUGAGUCUCAUGGCUAUCGCAAGCCCAAUCUUGGUCGAGUAUGUUGAAUUUUGCCAGCAGUCUCUGGUGCAGGUUGUCGACCUUCACGGAGCGGUCGCACACAUGGCCUACAGCAUGACAAAGGCCUUUACUCAGAUCGCGUCUCAAGGAUUCUGUACCCCUCAUGAGAAGUCGGACGAAACUUCAGGAGAAUCCGGCAAGGUGGAGUCUGGAACUGGUCUUGGCGACGGAGAAGGUGCUGAAGACAUCAGCAAGGAUAUCCAGCCUGAUGAGGACCUAUCUGAACUUGCUCAAGAAGCCAACAAGGAGGAGAAUGGCGAAAUGGAAGACGAGAAGGACGCUGUGGACAUGGCAGACGAAGAGCUGGAGGGAGACAUGGGUAGCGUUGAUGGAGCUGAAGAUGACGAGGAAGGUUCCAAGAACGGAGACGAGGAAGAGGAGGAGAAUGAAAUGGAUGAAGAGGCCGGCGACGUUGAUGAUCUCGAUCCCACAGCUGUCGACGAGAAGAUGUGGGACGGAGAUGAUGAAGAAAAGGCCGAGAAGGAUCAGCAAGGAGAGAAGGCCAAGGGCCAGAAGAAGGACGAUGAGCAGAUGGCUGCUGACGAAGACGCCAAGAAGCAAGAGGGCGAAGAAGAGCCUGAGGCGGACGAUUCUGGCGAGCAAGAUGCCGAAGAGGCUGGCGCCGAAGAAGAGGACGUUAAGACUCAGGAGGAGAUGAACAAGCAGGAUCAGACUGCCCAGGAGAACGACACCCUGGCUCUUCCUGAGGACAUGGAGCUGGACCUAAACGAUGAGCACGAGUCAGCCUCAGACAGCGAUGACCUCGAUGCGUUGUCUGACAUUGAAGAGGAGAAGCAAGAGCCUGAGGACCAGGAGAUGGGCGACAAUGAGGAGGAUGAGGCAGAUGACGCUGCUGCUCAAGCUCAGCUCCAGGAGGAAGCUGGAGACGAGGCUGAGGUCAAGGAAGAGGAGGAAGAGACACCCGAGGAGAAGGUUGGCGGUAAUGACGAAGUGCAAGAAGAUGUUCAGCCAGAGGAAGAAGAGAAGGCUGAAGAGCAGGAAGAGGCCACGGACCAGACUCAGCCGCCCAAGGACAACUCUACAGCCGACGCUGACAACGCGGCGCCGAGCGACGUCAAGAGCUCCGGCCAAGACCAGAAUGCCGAAUCGAUGGACGUUGACGACAACUUCCAGAACAACGCGGCCCAGCAAGAAGAUGGCGAGAUGGGAGAGGCUGCCGCGGAUCAAGACACCAGCGCAGGAAACAAGGGUUCGAUGUCACGGUCAAAGGAAGUCCUGGAUAGGGCUGAGCAGGAGCAACAAGACAAGGACGAUUCGGCACGCAGCGAUCCGUUUAAGAAGCUCGGCGAUGCUCUUGAGCGAUGGCAUCGACAGCAAGAGGACAUCAAGGAUGCUGAGCCUACAGAAAAGGACGAGCAGAAUGCGCCUCAGGACCCCAACGCUGAUCAGAGUCGACGAGAGUUCCAGCACCUCCAGGAUGACAACACUGCCGCGGAUACACAAGCUAUGGGAACGGCAGAUGAUGAUCAGGUCCAGCCUAUCGAUGAGUCCAUGGCAAUCGAUGAGGAAAAGCAGGAUCCUACGAGCCGCUUGAUGGACGAAGACAAGGAGGAAGAACCCGAGCAGGACCCCGACAAGAUGGACACGACUGAUUCAGCUGAAGCGCCAGAUGCGAACAAACAAGACCAAGACAAGGACCAGGAUGACACACGUUCCGGAGUCAAGACACGACAGGGCAACUAUAAUCGUGAGCUCGAACCGGAAGAGCAAGAAGCGCAGCUGGCAGAAGAGGAUGAAGAUGAAGUUGAGAUCCAGGAGACAUCUACGCAACUCUCCACAACGCACAUUUCGGACGAGGAGCGACCACUCCGAGACUUUGGUGAAUCUAUGCACCAGUGGACCGAGUUCCAGACCAAGACUCACUCUCUUUCUCUGGCCUUGACAUCUCAGCUGCGACUCAUCCUCACACCAUCGCAGUCGACCAAGCUCUCAGGAGCGUUCCGCACUGGCAAGCGGCUCAACAUCAAGCGCAUCAUCCCUUACAUUGCAUCAAGUUACAAGCGAGACAAGAUCUGGAUGCGACGAAGCAUCCCUACAAAGCGCACUUACCAGAUUCUGCUCUGCGUCGAUGACAGUAAGAGUAUGGGUGAAUCGUCUUCGGGCACCCUGGCAAUGGAAUCUCUAGUGAUGGUGUCGCGAUCGCUUACAAUGCUCGAGGCCGGCCAAGUUGGCGUCAUGGGCUUCGGCAGCGACGUCUUUACGGCGCACGGCCUGACGGAGCCGUUCGCCUCGGACGCGGGAGCCAAGGUUCUGCAAAAGUUCAACUUCUCUCAGGACCGCACCGACAUUGCGCUCCUGAUCCAGCGUACAAUCGAGACGUUCAGGCUGGCGCGGCAGCAGGGAGGCGGCGGCUCGGACCUGUGGCAACUAGCUCUGAUUCUGUCUGACGGUCUGACGCCUUCUUCAGCUCACGAGGGCAUCCGGAGGCUGCUGCGCGAGGCGAUGGAGGAGCGCAUCAUGAUCGUCUUCAUCAUCAUGGACGACACGGGCAAGAAGAAGGGUGACAGCGUGCUCGAGCUCAAGGAGGCCAAGUUUGUGCGCGACGGCGGCGAGAGCAAGGUGGUGAUUGAGCGGUACCUGGACACGUUCCCCUUCCAGUAUUAUCUCAUUGUCCAUCAUCUCGAGGAGCUGCCAAGCGCUUUGGCUGGGCUGCUUCGGACGUGGUUCGCCGAGGUUAACGCUUAG